UGAGUGCCCCGCCCCUCUCCAGGUGAGGGGGCGGGGCCCGUGACGCCAUCAGAGGGCGUCCAAAGAGGCGCCGGCAGUUUCUGAGAUGCUGGAAUCGUUGCUGGCCUUGGGCGGCCUGGUAUUGCUUCGCGAUUCCGUGGAGUGGGAGGGGCGCAGUCUCUUGAAAGCGCUUAUCAAGAAAUCUGCUCUGUGUGGAGAGCAGGUCCAUGUCCUGGGCUGUGAAGUGAGUGAGGAAGAGUUUCGAGAAGGUUUGGGGUCCGAUAUCAACAGCCAGCUGGUUUACCAUGACCUCUUUAGAGAUCCUCUCAAUUGGUCAAAAACUGGGGAGGCCCUUCCUGACAGACCUCUGGGAGCCUUGAGAGCCAUGUGCAAGAGAACAGAUACUAGUCCUAUCACCAUUGCUUUUGAUUCACUGAGCUGGCUGUUGCUUCAUCUUCCCUGCACCACACUCUGCCAGACCCUACAUGCUCUGAGCCAUCCAGACUCCUGCCUUGGUGACAGCUCAUCAGUACAGCGGGUACGUGUGCUGGGCCUGCUACAUGAAGAGCUUCAUGGCCCAGGCCCCAUGGGAGCACUGAGCAGCCUUGCUCAGACAGAGGUAACCCUGAGUGGUAAAAUGGGCCAGGCUUCAGUGCACAUCCUCUACCGAAGACCCCAACAGCGUCCAACUUUUCAGACUCAGUGGUUCUCCAUCCUUCCUGACUUUAGCUUGGAUCUCCAAGAGGGACCUCCCCUAGAGUCCCAGCCCCACCCAGAUUCUCACACACCUCCGGUGGACCCCACAACUCAUUUGACCUUUAACCUUCACCUGUCCAAGAAAGAGAGAGAAGCCAGAGAUAGCCUGACUCUGCCUUUCCAGUUCAGCUCUGAAAAACAGCAGGCUCUGCUGCGUUCUGGGCCAGGCCAGACUACCAGCCACAUCUUCUAUGAGCCAGAUGUUUACGAUGACUUGGACCAAGAAGACCCAGAUGACGAUUUAGAUAUUUGACUGGCCAGAUUUGACUAAUGGAAGGAUGGAGGGGCAAGACUAGGCUUAGAAGCAUCCUUCUGUUCUUUGCCUUGACUUUACCCUGUCUCUGCCCAACCUUUGCUACUUUGUCUAUACAGGUCCUGCCAUGUGACAGGAAGCAGCAUCAGAUCAGGGCAGAAAGUAGAGUGAGGGCAUACUAUAAGGCAAGAGAAUAAGAAUCCCCCAUUCCUAAUAAAGU